AUAUGUUGCUCAGUGGUCAGCAUUCAAGUUAACGAUUGUACGUUUACGUUUAUUAAAGUCCUAAUCUAACAGUGAGGGAUGUUGAACACCUGUUAGUGCGCUCCUCUGAACAUGGGCGACUAAAAGAGAAAACAGCAUUCAGAAAAAACGGUGCUGGGCACCAUUUCCAUGGUAUAUUUGGAUUCGGUCUUUUGAACGCAAGCACAUUUGUUUCACAAGCACAAAGAUAUAUGGGCACUCCAAAGCUGGAAAUGCGAUUUCUGGAACUGUCAAAAAUGAGGACACGUGGACGCCACACUCAUGAGUUCAUGUUUUGCCACAGUUGUGAAUUUAGUGAUGUCAAAGGUUGUUUGACUACAAUUGAGUACGUUAGUGUUAAUCUGCAUUUUCAAACGUCAACUAAACUUUUGAAAGCAGAGAUUGUAUCGCCAAGCAAUACACAUUCGGUGUUAAUGGAUACAUCCAUAGACCAGAAAAACCUACCAGUGUCUGUAGAGACGACGUUAUUUUCUGCCCAUUUCUGGGACGAGUUUGCAUUUGGGAACUGGACAUUAAAUAUACAAAGCCAUCGUAAUACAAGUGAAACAACGAUAAGGCGUGUUUCUUUGAUGUUAUACGGUACUAUGAGAAGCAAUGCCACAUCCGAGAAGCAAAUAACUUUCUGCGACAGAUAUUUCUCUUCUACUCCAAAGUCUGCGCAACCAACAACUGCUCAGUCUCAGCCAGGAAGGGCACAAACGGAAGCCAAUGGAUUAUCAGGUGUACAAAUUGCUGCAAUAAUUAUUGUUGAACUAGUAGUAGUAGUAGUAGUAGUAGUAGUAUGCUCAAUCGCUAUAAUCGGUUACAUUCGGAGGAGAAGAAGUAAUAAUAUGGAUACGUUACCGAGAGAUCCAUCUAUACCUAGAUCGUCAGAACAAUUGGUUGACAGUGGCUUAGAUGAAUUAGAUGAAACUGAUCACGGACAAGAAGCAAAUGAGUUUCUUCUAGAUGGUGCCGAAGAAGACGAAAAUGAAAUGAAGGAAGAAGAAAAUAACGAAACAUAAUCAUUUAGUUGUGACUUUGUAAAUAAUCUACAUACUCAUUCAAGAAAUAAGUAAGCAAUGAAUUUGAUAUAUCUUUACGAAUACGCCAUUUAUUAAAUAUAUGUAGUAUCUAACAACACGUUGAGAAUAAGUGAAAAGAACUUAAAAUUCAUACAUGUAUUUAUUCUGGCCUUAUCAAUAACGUUAUUUUACAUAAAAUAUCUGCAAACAAAUUUAUUUGAAAGACUGAGAAAUAGAGAAUAUUAGGUUCAUGUCUUAUAAAUUCAUUAAACCCUUGACUUGUAUUUUUUUCACCUCACCUAAUAAAACUGAAUUUAUAAAUACAGUAACCUAAUGUUUUAUUUAACCUACUUUCUGAUUUAAUUUCGUUUCAAUUAAAAGUUAUCCCAGCUAGGUAUGUGUAUGCCGAAUAUUUCAAAAUUCAUACGUCCUCCAAAUUACACAUGUAGACCAUAAAUAUUUUAGGAUAUGGCGAUAGAGCACGUUGUAAAUAAAUAAACCAAGUCUGCAAGU